UUUCAAUAUUUAUGUCCAGGUUUGGCCAUUAGGUGGCACUAGGGUUAUGGCAUAGUGAUUGGGGCUUAUCUACUUAGGCUAGCUGUAAUCAAGGACAGGUGUUGCUAGAGGGAAAAGGGCAAACUAGAAGAAGAAGAUUAAGAAGAACAUGAUAGGUUUACAUUUGCAACAACGUAAACGGGCGAGGAGAGAGGAGGUGGGAGCGGUUUGGUUGGUGGACGAGAGAUGGCAGAAGUCAGAGGGCGUGUUUUGGCGAAUUGAAGUUAUGUGGGAAUAAUCGAAAAGUGAUUUCCCGACUGAGAAAAUUAAUUUAACGGCCGCCUGAAGUCGGAACAACAACUCGGAAAAGCAGAGAACAUUUUAGCACUUUUUCAGCACACUUUGACGACAAUGUUAAUGACAGUUCAGCGUUCAUGUUGUUUCCACUUUACCAUGUAAAAGCACAUGAACCCACCGAGAGCGACUUCACAACACGCGAUCAUACAAGGAGCACUUGAACGCAACGUCCACAUUCAGCACUCUGUUAACGAGUCCAGUAACUUUGGUUUUAAGUAAUUUAUCUAACAUGUUGCAGUUGAAAGCUCUGGAGCUUCUGUUCUUCUGGUUCUGCCUGCUGACUGUGUCUGGAAUAACUCCUGGACACAUGGAUACAAACGGGUCGGGUGACGUCAGAGUGGUUGUGAAAGAAGGGAGUGACGCCAUUUUACCCUGUUCCCUCAGCACCAAGGAGAACGUUGAGUUUGAAGUCUUUGACUGGAAGAAAGAUGGUCCGAAGGAGGUUUUCUUUUAUGAUGGAGGCCUUCAUUACAACAACGGCCGUCCAGGUCAAGAUCAGCAGUUCAAAGGUCGCGUCUCACAUUUUCAAGAAGAACUGAAGUACGGCAACGCCUCCAUCAUCAUCAGAAAUACGAAGGUGACCGACAGAGGAGACUACACCUGUGAUUUUCCACAUCUUCAGCCAAGACAGAUAUUCAACAUUCAGCUACUUGUUGAUCUCACCUUCAGAAACCGUUUAAACGAAAUCACAGGUGCAGCUGCAGAGCCGUCCAUCACGAUAGUUGACGUCACAGAGUUUGGGGUCCUGCUGCAUUGUGACGUUAGAGGUGCUUUUCCUAAACCUACAGUAGAGUGGCAGGACGGUGCUGGAAACAAACUUACUGCUGAGGAGACACAGGUCUCAGAAAGAGGAGGUCACUUCUACAUCACCCUCCAAACCACUGUGACCAAGACCGAAACCAACCGGUUCCACUGCGUAGUCCAGCAGGACGACAUCGGUCAUAUAAUCAGUAGUAACAUCGUUUUGCCAGAGAAACUGUUUGAGGACACAUACAGCAAAGGAGUUGUCGCAGGAUUGUUUGGUGGAUUCUCUUCAGGAGCUCUAACUGUUGGUGCAGUUCUAGUUUUGCUUGUAGCUACAAAGAUCAUCACAGUACUCUGUAAUAAAGGAGCAGCUAAACAGAAAAACAGGAAGAAAAACAAAAGAGAGGAGGAAUCAAACCUGCAGGCUCCACUAGGUUCUUGUGCCCAGGAAAACGGUUUUUGUAGAGCUCAUUCAGAGGAGGUGUAAAGGUGUGUGUGAAUGUACUGAAUCAUGUAGAUUAGUCCAAUGCUGUUUUUU